GCAAGCAAUUGGCAAAAGCCUCGCGCCCUCACUGAGGCAAACGUGAAUGUCAACCUCGUCAAUAUUUCAAACUCAAAAUCGAGGCCAACGUUCUCUGCACUUCCUGCUCACUAACUGUCAUGUUAUUCCAUACUAUGUUGCUCCACAUUCUCCUGUCUGUACUCUCGAGCCUGAUGGGUUCAGCCUACGGGUACAUACCAGCGCAACCUUCCAACGACACGAGCCAGAUAAAUGGCAUGAAUGCAUCGAGGUUGAUUCUUCAGUGGUACCCGAACGGCUCGGAUUGGGAGUACGUGUCCUAUCAGCUUGUGGGCGCAGGUAGCAACGGUACUACUAAGGGGGCACUCGUGCACUUCACUGAAAGUUUAGCAAUGAACGAGUCAACAACCACUCCUUGGAUAGCUCUGAUAUCAUGUGAUGCUAACUCGACGAACUUCUCUGAAAAUGUCGACAUAUUUACGAUGGCGAGCAGCGCAGGUGCUCAAUCUGCUCUUCUUUAUUCUCUUUAUUCCAACACUUGUCUCAUCAAUCAAGAGUAUGCUGAUCCCGCGAAUUUUGACCAAGUCUUCGAUAUAUUCUCAACUCAGUCGCAAUCGGUCUCCAGAAACAUUCAAUACGAGUUCGGGCAAGAUGGACCCAAGAAUCUAUCUCUUUAUGGGAACUUCGAUGCAACUACCUUAAACGCAUCUGCAACAACUAUCAGCCAGUCUAUAAUGUCAGGCUAUCCUACGGUUCCUGGCUAUCUACUUGCAACUUUGCAAGCUUGGAACGCGACAGGAACUAACUCUACGGGCACAAGUAGCAAUAAUAAUGGCUCCACUAGUUCGACUACGAAUGAAGGCGGUAAAAAAGAGACGGGUUUAGCUAUGAUCAUCCUGUAUGCUAUCACCGGCUGCGUUUCAGCUUUAUUUUGCGUCGUCAUCAUAUCGGGGGCAGUCAGGGCUUUACGCCAUCCCGAGAGAUACGGUCCCCGAAUCGCAAAUGGUGACCCCCAUGGUGGACGUGGCGGUAGCCAAAGCCGAGCCAGUGGCCUUGGACGGGCCAUUUUGGACACGUUCCCCAUUGUGAGAUUUGGCACUGCGCCGGAUGCCACUUAUCCAAGUGCCAAAGACGUUGAAUCGCCCCCGGUGGAUGCUGAUACAACACUGCAACAAUCAAGUGAUGCUGUGGAGAUGGGCAUCAUCUCCAGUCAGGCAGUCCAGCAACCAUCACAAUCAGUAGGAGAGACCAACGAGAGAUACAUUUCUACUACUGGUGCCACAGUAAAUGUGCAUGGUCAAGAGGAUUCGCAGUCCGAUGCACGAGCUGUACCUCGGUUGAUACCUCCACGACUGCCUGCUACUUCCGAGGCGCCACCAUCUUCAGCACGGGAUGUCGAUCCGCUUAUGCCAGAGGCAAUCGGACAUGAGACAUGUCCCAUCUGCAUCGUUGACUUUGAGGAGGGUGAUGAGCUAAGGGUGUUGCCUUGCGAAGGAAAACAUCGUUUCCACCAGACGUGCGUUGAUCCGUGGCUUUUAGAGCUUUCGGGUUCUUGCCCAUUGUGUCGACAAGAUUUUCACGCUCUUGAGACGAUGUUGUCAGGGGAUGCGGGUGAUCGUGAUGCUCUUUCUGUGUUUCCUUCCAACCGGCGUGUCAGCCAAGCACCCUCGAUGCAACAAAAUCGCUUUUCUCGCUAUUUACGAUCUGCACGACGGCGGCACCGUGAACUUGGAGGAAACGAUGAUGAUACUGUAGACCCGUCUGUGGCUACGACUGUUGACCAUUCGCUAUGACCCUUUGGACAUUUACCCAUAUACCAAUCACAGUCAUUGAAUCGUGCUUAGUCACAUAUCUAUACUUACCUUCUGCUGGGCAAUUUAUCAAGGGUUCUGCGAACAAAGGAAACAGUAUACUUGCAGUAUACUAAGUC